AUGAACAGUAACUUCUGCCGGGCCCUUGUGGACUGCGGGGCUCCCAGCGGCAUGCAGCUGGGUGUCGUGGCCCCUGCAGGACAGACGCCGCUGGCAGCCACCGAGCCCCUGGGCAACGUGCCCUUCUUACUGUACCCGGGCCCCGCCGAGCCGCCUUACUACGACGCCUACGCUGGGGUGUUCCCCUACGUGCCCUUCCCCGGCGCCUUUGGGGUCUACGACUACCCGUUCGAGCCCGCCUUCAUACAGAAGCGUAAUGAACGUGAGCGGCAGCGCGUAAAGUGCGUGAAUGAGGGCUACGCGCGCCUCCGCGGCCACCUCCCCGGAGCCCUGGCGGAGAAGCGGCUCAGCAAGGUGGAGACCCUGCGCGCCGCCAUCCGUUACAUUAAAUACCUGCAGGAGCUGCUGAGAGCCGCCCCCGACGGCGGCGAUCCAUCCGCUGCCUCCUCCCCGCCACCCGUCCGCACCGGCCAGGGCAACUCGCCGCAGCCCCCCUUCCGGGUGACGGAGUCCAGAGGGUCCUCCCCCUUCUCUCCCUCGCCUUUCUUGGAGUCGGAGGAACCCAGCCUUUGA